GCCUCAUUGACCACUGCCCCUCUGCGCUGGAUUGAUCUAAGCUCCAAAAGCAUACAGCUUCUGAGUUGGGUUGACAUCAACUGGAAGACUGGAAGCACUGCUGAGGUGGGACAUUGUCCUCGUCGCUGGCAAAGCACAUGGCGCGUACAGGAGGAGGAGGGAGGCUGCUGAAGGAUAGCAAGAUCGCGAUUGGAGUGUCGGACGAUGUUUUGGACAAGGUGGGAGAGAGGAUGCAGAAGAUGGAGCUCAAGGCUGGCGACGUCCUGGUGAAGGAGGGACAACCGAUGCCGGGCUUCUACUACAUCGAAACCGGGAUGCUCGAGCGCGUGAAAAGUCACUCCGGCGCCGCCGACGGCGAGGAGUUCUUGUUGGACACCAAGGAGGCGGGAUCUGUGACGGGGCUCCUGCAUGUCCUCAAGUCCGGAAAAGCAGAUCCGGCCUUUGCCACGAUCAAGGCUCGUGGCGAGUCCACGGUGUGGUGCCUCAGCAGAGACGACCUUGAGACCGAAGUCAGGGGUAGACCGGACUUCGCCAUGGGUCUCCUGGGGACGUUGGCCGAGCAAAUGCGCGGGCAAUCAAAGGCAAGAGUAGUAGCCCACCUGAAAAGCAAAGCCGAGGUGACCGGCAGCGGAGGAGAGCGGUUCAAAGGUGUGAGGGUGAUGUGCUACGACUCGUCGGGGUGGGUGAGGAAGAACUUCCAAGCCAAGGUCGACAAGCACAACGAGGCAGCGAGCCCGAGCGAGAGGAUCUUGUUCGAUUUCACGUCGGACACCCUUAGCUCCUCUUCAGCUUCUGCCGCCGUCGGUUACGAUGUGGUUUGCCUGUUCGUCAACGACGUGGCGGAUGGGAAAGUUCUCCAGACUCUCGGCAUGGUAGGCGUCGGCAUGGUGGCUCUACGAUGCGCCGGGUUCGAUAGGGUGGACGUGGACGCCGCCCGGGCCCUUGGUUUGACUGUUGCGAGGGUGCCGGCCUACAGCCCGUACGCGGUGGCCGAACACGCCGUCGCCCUGCUGAUGGCGCUCAACCGGCAGACGUCCCGGGCUUCCGCUCGCACCCAUGACGCCAACUUUUCGCUCGACGGCCUGUGUGGCUUCGACGUUCACGGCAAGACCGUUGCCGUAAUCGGCUGCGGGCGGAUCGGCCAAUGCUUGUGCAACAUCUUGCUCGGGUUCGGGGUGAAGCUCUUGUGCGUCGACGCUUUCGGGGAGGUCCCGGACCUAGUGAAGCGAGGGGCGAAGUUCGUCGAGUUGGAAGAGGUUUGGCCGGAAGCCGACGUGGUGUUCUUGCAGGUGCCACUGCUUCCGUCGACUCGUCACAUGAUCAACGACGACGUCUUGCCCAAGCUCAAGAAGGGAAUGACCCUCAUCAACACUUCCCGAGGAGGUCUGGUGGACACCGAGACUCUCAUCAAGGGUCUCAGAUCUAGGGUCAUCCGCCAGGCUGGUCUGGACGUAUACGAGAACGAGGCGCCUUACUUCUUCAAGGACUGCAGCGAUACCCCGGUCCAGGACCCCGUUCUCUCGGAACUGCUGAGCUUCAACAACGUACUUCUGACGAGCCACCAGGCGUUCUUCACACAGGAGGCGAUCGACGGCAUUGUCAACACCACCUUUGAUAACAUAUCGGAGUGGCGCAGCGGUAGCAAGGGCAAGGCUCACAAGAACUCAGUCUUCUAAGCAGCAUCACAUGCGAUGCUCGGGCGACGUCCGCGUUAACGCUCAUGAGUCUCCUAGCCCGCAAGCGGCAUGACGAGGGACGCACAGCGCUGAAGAUCGACAUUAAAAUACUACGAGCGAAAUGGCAGAAGGCGUGAUGUCUUUGCCUCAAACGAUGAUGAUUGGUAUUGCGUAUUGUGUUGAAUGCUUCAUGUCUAUUGCUUGGUCCACGAGGUUUUGAUGCCGGUAGACCACUCCGAAUCUGAUCGAUUGGUGCUGAUUCUCCAAAGUUGUAGUCAUGUUUUAUUCGCGUGUUUUUGGUGUGCCACGGAGGGUUGUUUUUGGUGUGCCGCCCUCUCCAGCCAUGGUAGGUAGAUAGGAGUCUGGAGCUUCUACCGGCCGUUCUUGGAAGCCGAUGGAGAAUCCUGAUGGGGAAGUACCGUAGUUGUGCCAAGAACAGCACUGCUGACUUGUGAAAGGGCUUCCAAAGGUCAAUUCGUCGUUGCUUGGCUAGUAGUGCACGUCCCAGUUUUGUUUGUGAUUUGUCAAGGCAGAAUCUCUCAGUGUUUAUUGAUCCGAAGCUGGACAGCGGCGAACGGUGCAUGGUGUAUUUUGUUGGAGAGAUGUCAUUUCCCCUGCGUGAUCGUGAAAGGUUGCUCAUCAUACGUUACGGACGAAAACUGGUUUGUGAGUCCUGGGCUUGAACAGCACAACUACUCGUCCAACGCGCCGAAGACAACUUUUUUCUCGUUGCUCCUUUAGUGGCACACGCGUUUGGACGUCGCGCAAUCAUCGACUUUCGUCUGUUCCGUUUCUUGAUCACCGGCGCAGCCCAUGGAUGUCAGCGACACGCUGUCGGGGGUGAUUUCAAGUUCGGGUGUAUGUGCACUUCUCUAGCGCCGGAUACUGCUGUCGUUUCAACCUCACUCUUACCCGAUGAUACCAGUGCAAAGACAACACUUUUCUUUUCGUUGAGCAGAUACUUCAUUAGGGUUAGGGUUGCACAUCGAGCCGCAGAGAAGGAGUCGUUCAGGUGUUGAAACGUUGAAACGCUAUCUGUAGCUUGACACUGCUCAUAUUCAACGCAUCGUGAAACCGCCGGGAUAAUUUUUAGUUUUUUUUUUUU